AAAGAAGAAGAAGAAGAAGACGGAGGAAGUUAUGUCCGCCGUCCACCACCAGCUCAAGUCAGUUUGAGGUCGAGUGGAAGCCAUGGCGAUGACAAGUCAGACGUCCUGUUCCUCUAUGAGUAACCACACUAAGGAGAGGGUCACCAUGGCCAAAGUGACCUUGGAGAAUUUCUAUAGCAACCUCAUUUCACAGCAUGAGGAAAGAGAGAUGAGGCAGCAGAAGUUGGAGAAGGUCAUGGAUCAAGAGGGACUAGUUGAUGAAGAGAAGUGUAUCCGGCGAUCUGAGCAUGCCAGGAAAGAGACUGAAUUUCUCCGUCUCAAACGAACACGGCUUGGAUUAGAGGACUUUGAGUCACUUAAAGUGAUUGGCCGUGGAGCUUUUGGAGAGGUGCGUCUAGUUCAGAAGAAGGACACAGGCCAUGUUUAUGCCAUGAAAAUCUUGCGUAAGGCUGAUAUGCUGGAGAAAGAACAGGUUGGUCAUAUUCGAGCAGAAAGGGACAUUCUUGUAGAGGCAGACAGUCUGUGGGUGGUCAAGAUGUUCUACAGCUUUCAGGAUAAGAUGAACCUCUACCUCAUCAUGGAGUUUCUGCCUGGAGGUGAUAUGAUGACACUGUUGAUGAAGAAAGACACUUUAACAGAGGAGGCCACACAGUUCUAUAUUGCUGAAACGGUGCUGGCUAUUGAUUCCAUUCACCAGCUAGGCUUCAUCCACAGGGACAUCAAACCAGACAACCUGCUGCUGGACUCAAGGGGCCAUGUGAAGUUGUCUGAUUUUGGCUUAUGCACUGGUCUGAAGAAAGCUCACCGCACAGAAUUCUACAGAAACCUCAAUCACAGUCUUCCAAAUGACUUCACAUUCCAAAACAUGAAUUCAAAGAGAAAAGCAGAAACAUGGAAGAGGAACAGGAGACAGUUGGCCUUUUCCACUGUUGGAACCCCUGACUACAUCGCCCCAGAAGUGUUUAUGCAAAAUGGGUAUAACAAACUCUGCGAUUGGUGGAGUCUGGGGGUCAUUAUGUAUGAGAUGCUGAUAGGUUACCCUCCAUUUUGCUCAGAAACACCUCAGGAGACUUACAGGAAGGUGAUGAACUGGCGGGAAACUUUGACCUUUCCUCCUGAGGUCCCAAUUUCAGAGAAGGCCAAGGAUCUCAUCCUCAGGUUCUGUUGUGAGAGUGAGCUCAGGAUUGGAGCCACUGGAGUGGAAGAGAUAAAGACUAACCCUUUCUUUGAGGGGGUGGACUAUGACCAUAUCAGGGAGAGACCUGCGGCCAUUCCAAUUGAGAUCAAAAGCAUUGACGACACCUCCAACUUUGACGAGUUCCCUGAUUCAGACAUUCUCCAGCCUUCUGCUCCUGUUGUGUCCAACCACACUGAGGCCGAUCUGAAGAGUAAAGAUUGGGUUUUCAUCAACUACACUUACAAGCGCUUUGAGGGGCUGACUGCACGAGGAGGAAUCCCAUCCUACAUGAAAACUGGAAAGAGAUAGAACCAGUGGGAGUCAAUAAGUAUCUAUCACUUCUUGCAUCUGAAGGAUCCUGCACCAUCCAUUUCAGUUUUGAUUCACUCAGUCAUGACUCAUUCAUGGAUGCAGACUCCACUCGUCCUUGAUCUGUAGGACUCAUUCAGAGUCCUUACUGAGGGCUUUUUUCUACUUGACUGUGGUCACUGGGCUUUUCCUUUUUUCCUCUUAAGAAUUUAAGAUUUUGGCCAAUUAUCUUUCAGGUUGCCAGGUCUUGUAAAAAUUUAGAAUGGAGAUAUUUGUUUUCAAUACACUGCUUCAUUGAAAAAGGGCUUGAAUAGUAGCUUGCUAGACCCCUUUUAGGUCUAAAAACUGACUAGUACUCUGUAUACAGCAAGUGAUUUUAAUUGCAUUAGUAUUGGUGGAUCAUUGAUAUACCAUUUUAAAGGACUAGCAUUUGUGGUAGAAUCACCCCAUCUCAGCCUUUUUCUUGUCCACAUCUGCUGUAAAAAUCUUAAAGAUUGAAAACUUUCUUGCUAUUUUUAAUUGAGAUGGAGAGUAUGACUCUUAUGCUCAGGCGAUGUUUUAUAAUCCAUACUUUUUAAAGACAUCACGUUCUUUCUCUCUUUCAUGGAAAUUGCUUCCCUUGUUACACUCUCCAUCAAAGGUCUCAGUGUCAAUGGCAAAAUAAGUCAUUGUCAGGCUAUCUGAAUGUUUGUCACUUGUCAUGUUAGAACUCCCUCGAGUUGCAUAUGUUGCCUUCUAUUUGGAUCCUUCUUAGACCAGCAGAAACAUUUGCCAAUCAAACUAAAUUGUUGUUCUACGAUUUUUACAUGUUUUCCCCAAAAACUUCACCAGCUGAUGUUAAAGACCAAGCAAACUCAACGGAUCACCUCUUGUAUAUUAAUGGGAAGUUGCAGAUGACCUGGAGAUUCCAAAGUUGCUUGGUGCAAAUGCUAUUAUUUUUAUUUUUUUUCCUAUUUUUUUUUUUUUUAUGUAUGUAUUUUUUUACAAAGGGGUAAUUUCUAAUGUUUGGUGAACAAAGCCACAUUUCUUGCAUCUUGAGGAGAAUAACAACACUAUUCAGGGAUUAAAAUUUUAUUAUGAGUGUCCAAUUACCAAGUCUUCCAUUUUAAUGUGGGGAUAAAAUUUUAAAUGCAAAACUUUACAUUACCAAACAGACACAACUGGUCCUAUCUUUAAGCAGCAUUGUGUCUGAGGGCUUGAUGCUCUUCCUUGUUGUCUGAUCAUAGAUGAUUUCUUUUUCGUACUACAUUAAUUAGGAAACUUAAAGUUAGUCUUGACGAGUUGCCAUCUAAACUCGUAGCAAAAUGAAAAUCCAUCUAAAUUUUCACUCAUAUAACAUUAGUUUUCCAUUCCACAAUGUUUUUUGUUAGUCAGUGCAUUAUUGUUACUGCAAUACUUAGCCUAGCAAAAUACUUCUUAUUUAUUUUUAUUUUUUUAUUUGCAAGCUCUUCUAGGGCAGUAUGUUUUUAAAAAUCAAACAAGGGCAUGCAAAUAAUUUUCAGAAGUGUGGGAGAAUAUAAUAUCUCCCGGACACUGAAAAAUAGAAGCACAUUUCUGUAGUAAGGACACACGUCUUCUCUUUUUUUGACCAAAUUGAAUGUAUCCUAUUGGUAAAAUGAAACUGGGUCCUAAUUGAGUGCUAAAAUUUUCUUAUGUAUGCUUGACCACCUAAGAAUGCUAGAAUGUGGAUUGACCUCUGGAUUGAUUCUGGAUUUGCCUAAAUGCUUGGUUAAUGGUUUGACAUCUAGAUUGAUUGUUUGAUUUCUUUAUUUUCUAUGCUACACAGCAUGACAGAGAUCUUGUAUAUGGAAUUGCUUGCUGAUAAAUGCCGAGCUGAGUAGCCCUGCUGCAAUUGAUUACAAUAUACUUCUGGAUAUAAAUGAAUAAUCUAAAAGUAACAAAUUACUGUAUCCCAGAAUUUGGAAAGUAGCAUAAAAUCACAUCUGAAUUGUGAAUUUUUGUCCUUGAAGCAAUAUGUGACCAUUGAUGGUCUGGAUGUGUAUUUGUGUUUUUUAAGAUGAAUAAUAUUCGUGUCCGGAGAUGAUUUUCAUGCUGUCUGAGGGUUGAAUGUUCUGCAUGUUUUCACAAGUGCUGGAAAAGUAGUAGAACUAUGAAUGAGUUUGUGUUUGUUGCGUUUUAAUCUUGUGCUGCUUUGUUUCUUUGUUCUCCUUAUUUUAGGAUCACUGAAUGAGAAUAUGUUGGGGGUGAUUUCAUGGUUAUCGCACAUCAAUGAUAAAAUCUUAAGUCAGAAGGGGCUUUGUGGAAUAUAUAGAAUUAUACACUGUCUUCAAAAAGCAGGUCAUUUGCUGGACUGCUUUGUAUCUCUUGUUGCUGUAUCUCACAUGCUGAAAACGAUCAUGAAACUAGCGUGUCAAAGAGGGUGUUGUCUUUUAAUCAUUUUUACCCUCUUGUCUUUAAUUUGGGUGAUUGUGUAGGUUUCUAACUUGUAUAAAGGACCUCUUUCUGUUUUAUUGAAGAUUAACUAUGCACCUUUUAUUAGUUGUAAUGUCAUGUAUAUUUGAGGUACACACACACUUGUCAGGUUGUUAAAAUGCACACUGAAUGACUGCUCUGUUGUUUGCCUGGGAGAGUUUGUAAUUCUUUCAGUAAGUUUUUCACCUAACCAGAAGUAGACUAGUCUUAAGACUUUUGGGGCUUUAUUUCCUUGCUAAGAGCUAAAGAAAUAAUUACACCUCUGUGUUUGUUAUAAAGGAGUUAAUUCACACUGGUGCUAGUGCUCACAAAGUGUGCAAGAGAGGGGAGAUCUUUUACUGUUCAUUCAGAUUUUUAAUUAGGUAACAUCCAAAGCUGAUCAAGUUUUGUUUAAAGAUGGUUUGUGAACACAGCUCCAGUUUUCACUGAUGUCACGUUCUGCUGUGGGAGGUGGAUGUUUGUCCUCUCUCUGCCUUAAGCUUGAGAUGUAGAGUGUGUUUGUGGAUUUUUCCAGUGCUCAUAGAGCACCUUUCACUGAUUUUAUUUAACUGAUAGCAAGUUUGUUUUUGAGGUGGGGCACACUUUAACCUGUUAAACGUCUUAAAUAAACACCAGUUCAUUUA